AUGUUUGGUGACGAUUCGUUCAUUUCUCUGACUCAUAGCAUACGAAGGUCAUAUGAGGUUAUGGAUCGUGAAGCUGCAUGGAGAAGAAUGUGGCUUGAUGAGAUUUACCUAAAAUCUGAAGCAGAGAUUGGAAUGGGUUCUGGUGUGAAGAACAACCCCGUCACACAAACUGGGGUUGGUUGUUCCAAGACGGUGGGUGGAGGCAAUAGUGGAAAAACUAUCGCUUUACCUGCACAGCCUGAUGUGAUAGUGACUUCAUCUGAAUGUGAAGGUUCUGAUAAGGAAAGUGGUGAUGAAGAAGUUCUGGAGCGGCCUGAAGACUAUGAAAGUCGUGAGAGGUUGCAAGAAAAAAAUGUCCUUCAAUUGCCUCAGAAAGUGAUUAAAGAGUGUCUAGUGGACAUUGAAUGCAAGAGGAGGGAUUAUGCUCUAUUCGCCACAUUUAUAAUAAAUUGUACUGAGGGGAAAAAUAUCAAAACUGAACUUUGCGGAAUUCUCAAACACUCGGACAUGAUUGACUAUUUCAUAAUUGCCAAGAUAUCGUCAGAAAUUGCAGGAGGACUUUGCAACCGUACUGAGAGACAAUGUGUAUGA